CCCCUGCUCGCUGUUGUUGUGUGUCAGCACUUGGCUGGAGACUUCUUGAACUUGCAGGCAGAGUAACUUGCGCUCCCCACUUCGCGCCGGUGCCUUUGCUCCGGCGGAGUCAGCCUCGCCGCCUCCGAGCCCCGCCGCCCCCCGGCCCCUCGGCCUCGCCCGGCCCCGGGUCGCCGUGCCCAGCGCGAAGAGAGGGACUCCGCGGCCGGCGCUCGGGAGAAGCAGGAGGCAAAGAAAGGGAACGGACACACGGUCCUCGCUCCAGGUCCUUGGGCCAGAGCUUUUUCCAUGUGGAGACUCUUUCAAUGGACGUGUCCCUGCGUGCUUCUUAGACGGACUGCGGUCUCCUAAAGGUCGACCAUGGUGGCCGGGACCCGCUGUCUUCUAGCGUUGCUGCUUCCCCAGGUCCUCCUGGGCGGCGCGGCCGGCCUCAUUCCCGAGCUGGGCCGCAGGAAGUUCGCGGCGUCGUCGGGCCGCCCCUCAUCCCAGCCCUCGGACGACGUCCUGAGCGAGUUCGAGUUGCGGCUGCUCAGCAUGUUCGGCCUGAAACAGAGACCCACCCCCAGCAGGGACGCCGUGGUGCCCCCGUACAUGCUGGACUUAUACCGCCGGCACUCGGGCCAGCCCGGCGCGCCCGCCCCGGACCACCGGCUGGAGAGGGCAGCCAGCCGCGCCAACACGGUGCGCAGCUUCCACCAUGAAGAAUCUUUGGAAGAACUGCCAGAAACAAGUGGGAAAACAACCCGGCGAUUCUUCUUUAAUUUAAGUUCUGUCCCCACCGAGGAGUUCAUCACCUCAGCAGAACUUCAGGUUUUUCGAGAACAGAUGCAGGAAGCUUUGGGAGACAAUAGCAGUUUCCAUCACCGAAUUAAUAUUUAUGAAAUUAUAAAACCUGCAACAGCCAACUCGAAAUUCCCGGUGACCAGACUUUUGGACACUAGGCUGGUGAAUCAGAAUGCGAGCAGGUGGGAGAGUUUUGACGUCACCCCCGCCGUGAUGAGGUGGACUGCACAAGGACACACCAACCACGGAUUCAUGGUGGAAGUGACCCACUUAGAGGAGAAACAAGGUGUCUCCAAGAGACACGUUAGGAUUAGCAGGUCUUUGCACCAAGAUGAACACAGCUGGUCACAGAUAAGGCCAUUGCUGGUGACUUUUGGCCACGACGGGAAAGGGCAUCCCCUCCACAAAAGAGAAAAGCGUCAGGUGAAACACAAACAGCGGAAACGCCUUAAGUCCAGCUGUAAGAGACACCCCUUGUACGUGGACUUCAGCGACGUGGGGUGGAAUGACUGGAUUGUGGCCCCUCCGGGGUAUCACGCCUUUUACUGCCACGGAGAAUGCCCUUUUCCUCUAGCUGAUCACCUGAACUCCACUAAUCACGCCAUUGUUCAGACGUUGGUCAACUCAGUGAACUCUAAGAUUCCUAAGGCGUGCUGUGUCCCAACCGAACUCAGCGCCAUCUCCAUGCUGUACCUUGAUGAAAACGAAAAGGUUGUAUUAAAGAACUAUCAGGACAUGGUUGUGGAGGGUUGUGGGUGUCGUUAGCACAGCAUUAUUAAAUAAAUAAAUAUAUAUAUAUAUAUAUUUUAGAAAAAAGAGAAAAAACCCAAACAAACAAACCAACCCUCCCCCCCACCAGCUGACACUUUAAUAUUUCCCAAUGAAGACUUUUAUUUAUGGAAUGGAAUGGAAAAAAAAAAAACAGCUAUUUUGAAAAUAUAUUUAUAUCUACAAAAAGAAGUUGGGAAAACAAAUAUUUUAAUCAGAGAAUUAUUCCUUAAAGAUUUAAAAUGUAUUUAGUUGUACAUUUUAUAUGGGUUCAACCCCAGCACAUGAAGUAUAAUGGUCAGAUUUAUUUUGUAUUUAUUUACUAUUAUAACCACUUUUUAGGAAAAAUAGCUAAUUUGUAUUUAUAUGUAAUCAAAAGAAGUAUCGGGUUUGUACAUACUUUUCCAAAAAUUGUAGUUGUUUUCAGUUGUGUUGUAUUUAAGAUGAAAAGUCUACAUGGAAGGUUACUCUGGCAAAGUGCUUAGCACAUUUGCUUUUUUUUUUUUUUUUUUUGCAGCGCUACUGUUAAGUUCACAAGUUCAAGUCCAGAAAAAAAAAAAAGUGGAUAAUCCACUCUGCUGACUUUCAAGAUUAUUAUAUUAUUCGAUUCUCAGGAAUGUUGCAGAGUGGUUGUCCAAUCCAUGAGAAUUUACAUCCUUAUUAGGUGGAAUAUUUGGAUAAGAAUCAGACAUUGCUGAUCUAAUAUAGAACCUGCCCCCGCCCCUUAAUUUGCAGAAAGAAUAAAGCAGGAUCAAUGGAAAUUAUAAAGAAAAUGAUGAACCAGCAGGAAAGUGAAUGAUGGUUUGUUGUUCUUUCCUAAACUAGUGAAACAUUCAAAGGGGCUGAUCUGGCCAAAGUAUUAAAUAAAACAUCAAAUUUCUUCAUUAUUGAUACUGUGGUCAUGUAUAUUUAAAAUUGAUAUCUCGUGGCCCUCAACAAGAGUUGGAAAUCGAUUUGUAUUUUACCUUUACCUCAUCUAGGAGCUUGUUACUCUCCGAAGGACCCAAUUUUCUAACUUGCCUAAUGCACAGCAAAACUGUGCACAUCACGUUUUCAGCCCACCCUCUGUUCUCUGACUGAUCAGCUUGCUUUUCUUUCCAAGGUUAUGUGUUUGAACACAUUUCUCCAAAUGUUCAACCUAUUUCAGAUAAUAAAUAUCAAAGCUUUG